AGCCACGGGCCUCAGACCUGCUGGCGAACGACGAGAAUCCAAGUAUGGCGUGGGUGGAGUCGAUCACUUUCAGUGCUGUGCGUGGAUGAAGGAAUUGCCGGUCGAUUGCGUUUGCUGCUGGAUAGGAAGUUUUCUGCAAAAUUACGAGCAAGUGUCCUAUUUUUUCGGAAUUCAGUAAAUCCUCUGUCCGCGGUUGGGGUUUGUGGUGUUGAUUGCUGUAGCUUGGAGGUUUAGGAUGAAGUGUUCUGGCCUUCUCUACGAGUGAAUCGUGCUUGGAAAGAAUUUAUUUUCUCAUUCAGGGCUUGCAUUCUGGUGUAAACGGAGGAGGCAAAAAUUUGAGGCGCCGAUUAAGGGUGACUGACUACAGGUGGUGAAGGGGUGCUCUCAGAAGAUCAGGAGUAGACCUGAUUUUAAUGUAUUAUGGUUUCCUCGUGAAGACUACAAAUCAGAAAAUUAGGGGAGAAACAAUGGUGAGGCAAAUCAGGAGCUUGGUCUCAUCUUAUGGUUGGAAGCAACAAGCUUGUUCCUUCCUUCAAGAGAGUAAGAUUCCCUGGAUUUCCAAUGUGCGAACAUAUUCUAAUGCUCCCCGGGGAAGACCAGGAGAGCACAGAAAUCCCAUGAACAGGCUUGCUGUGGCAGGCGUUGAGAGUAUAAUCGCCGUAGCUUCGGGAAAGGGAGGGGUUGGGAAGUCAACUACUGCAGUAAACUUGGCUGUUGCCUUGGCGCUGGAGUGCAAGCUUAGAGUGGGAUUGCUAGACGCUGACGUUUACGGCCCUUCAAUUCCAACUCUGAUGAAGCUUCAAGGCCGUCCACAGCUGGAUGCGGAUUCGAAAAUGCUUCCCUUGGAAAACUUUGGAGUCAGGUGUAUGUCAAUGGGGUUUCUGAUGGACAAAGACGCUCCAGCAGUGUGGAGGGGACCUAUGGUGAUGAGUGCUUUGGAGAAAUUGAUGAGAGGUACCGCAUGGGGUAAAAUAGAUGUCAUGGUUGUUGACAUGCCUCCUGGCACCGGUGACGCUCAGAUAUCGAUAUCCCAACGUCUACCGUUGGCAGGAGCCGUUAUCGUUUCAACACCUCAGGAUCUCGCCCUUGUAGAUGCACGCAGGGGUGUGACCAUGUUUCAGAAAGUUGAAAUCCCUAUUCUAGGUCUCAUUGAGAACAUGAGUUUCUUCAAGUGUCCUAAAUGCGGGGAGAGAUCAGAUGUUUUUGGUCAUGGUGGAGCUCACUUGACUUCACAAGAAAUGGGGAUGGAGUUUCUUGGAGAGGUGCCACUGAACAUGGCCAUAAGAGAAACUUCAGAUGAAGGUGCACCGAUUGUUGCAUCUUCACCAAGUAGUGAGAUAUCUGGUAUUUACCGUGCCAUCGCAAGGCGGAUUGAGUGCAAAUUGGGUGAAUGGGCUUCUUCUGAUGGUUCUGUAGGGCCAAGCAUAGUGAUAAAAUGAGAUUAUGAUUGAAGGGAGAGGCCACAGAGUGUUAUGCACGGUACAGCUUGUAAGGAGAUCACUUUUGAAGGGUUAAUGGCCGAUAUCGUUCUACGUUUGUGUGGCGCUAAAAUUACAAGUCCCUUCUGCGUUUUCCCAUGGCUUCCUCUGUCCUUCAAGCAUAUGAGCUUGCUUAGAGUAAUCAUCUUCUACCUGAGACAUCGUAGGAGGUUGGAUUGUUGGUGGAGAGUCUCAGAAUAUACACAUUUCGAGAAAGUAUUUGCAUUUUCAUCAGUAUGGAUUUCUGAUCCUUUUCUUAGGAGACGAAAUUGAAGUCUUAUUUCAAGCUAUACCCUUUCAAGCUGGAAAUUCACCUGCGCUCAUUAUAAGCCCGAAGCAGCCUUUGAGAUAUUGUUACUGAAACUUCGGUAAUGGGCAGGGUCAUGUGGAUGAGUUAAUAAACUGUAUAUUGGUAGAUACCUCGAGACAUCGAAUUACUAUCAUUCAGGAGCAAAAAUUCCACUACAGAAGAAAACCUCUUCAAUCUCAAGGAGUCCUCUUUCUCUUUCUUCUAUCGCUCUCUCCAGUUACUGAAUUUCUUUAUACUAGCACCCCUGGGCUAAGAAUGGUGAUAUAUGAUUUUCAGACUAUAACAGGCACACACCAGUAAGUACAGUUUCGUGCAGGUGUGUAAUUGGGCUAGAAUGAAUUCUAGCACCGAGUUCCUGUGUAGUCAGGGAAAAAUUUAGAAGUUUGCAAGUAUCUACAGCAUGAACCACGGAACUGAGGGUCAUCCUUUAUUAUCGAACUCUCAUCAAUAUUUUUCGUUGCAUUUAUAUUUCGCCAUCUCGUUUGAAACGCAUGAAACCUUAGAGCAGGACUUGGUUCGCAGUACCAUACCUUCCGGAAUACCCUUGGCCAUUAAGUGUAUGAGUAUGGAAGUGUGACACUUGCAAGACAAAGUCGUCCGAAUCUGGACUGAUGUCUCAGAAAAGGUUGAGCGCAAUGAUCAGACUUCUAUGAGU